AUGAGUAACAAGCUCAUCGGAACCACUCUCCAACUAGGCCUGAGAAAUGAGAUCGAUCAUUUACUACCUGAUGUGGAGUUUGACGCGUUGGCUGAAGUGGAUGGGGCAUUUGCAUAUUCCAGCAACAAUGCUGCUUGUGGUGGAAUUAUUAAGGACCGAAAGGAUACCAUACUGGAAGGUUUUCAGAUGGGACUGGAAGCAGGCGAUGCACUUACUAUUGAACUAUGGGCGUGCUUGAUGGGUCUCAAGAGACUUUGGGAUCUAGGCCACAGGAGCGUGCUGUUACGUAGCGACUCUCAAGAAGCCUUACGUUUGAUCCAAGGAGAUCCUCCGGAGCUGCAUGAAGACGUUAACCUGAUUAAGGAAGUGCAGGCGAUGAUCAGACGUGCUUGGAGAGUGGAACUUCGAUACAUAGCUCGAGACGAUAACUUGAUAGCCGAUGCUCUUGCUAAAAAUUCUCUUCAGGGAGGAAUUGGCCUUCAGCUACUGCACCCCGACACGGUGAUACGACUCAUGCACAUGGACACGGGAGACUAG